UGUGACGACGGCGCCGUUUAUCGCGGAAGUAAACAUAAAGAAGCUGAGAGAUUUAAGGCUGCGUCACAAAGUUCUGGAUGAAAGUGUCUGAUAUCUGCCCAGAGUUUGUUCACUGAGAGCGGCCAGCAGAGAGAGCUUCUGCCCGGAAUCUGGUUCAUUUAAAGCGGCCAGCAGCGUUUAUUCCUUACUUGUGUUGUGCAGUUCGGGGAUGUCGGUGACGGUGAAGGCCUACCUGCUGGGGAAGGACGAGUCGGUGAAGGAGAUCCGGAGGUUUGCGGUGGAUCAGGACGUUUCCUGCAGCUUCGAGUAUCUGAGCAAGAAGACAGCCAGCGUGUUCAGCAACCUAAAGAGCUCCAGCUUCAGCCUGUUCUACAGAGAUGAAGAUGGAGACCUGGUGGCGUUUUCCUCUGACGAUGAGCUGAUGAUGGGGCUGGGCUGCAUGAAGGACGCCACGUUCCGCCUCUUCAUCAAAGAGAAAAAGGAGCACCGUCGAGACUUCCCUCUUCAUGCCUUCCCGCCUUUCGCCUUUGGCCCUCCUCCACCUGGAGCUCCUCACCCCCCACCCCCUCACCUGGCCCCGCCCCCCAUCCUUCACCCUAACGUCACCUGUGACGGCUGUGACGGUGCCGUGGUUGGGACGCGCUUCAAAUGUUCGGUGUGUCCGAACUACGACCUGUGCUCCACCUGCCAGGCCCGCGGGACGCACACUGAGCACGCUCUGCUGCCCAUCUGGCACCCGCUGCAGUGGUUUCCUCGAGGGAAGUGGAUGAAGAGGAUGAGGCACUGCAUGUGGAACCAAAACCAGAACCAGAACCAGGCUCAGGACCAAGACCAGGACCCAGAGCUGAACCAGGACCAGGACAAGGACCAAGCGGGACCUUCCAGACCUGCGGCUGAUUGCAGCGCCCCCUCUGCCUCUCAGGCCAACAUGGCGUUCCUGAAGAACAUUGGCGAGGGCGUGGCGGCCAUGUUAAGCCCGCUAGGUAUCGAUGUGGACAUCGACGUGGAGCACGAAGGCCAGAGGACGAAGGUAGCCCCGCCCACUUCAGGUGGGGGUGUGGAAGGUGACGUGGAGAUGAGUGGAGCUAGCAGUGAGGGCGGGGCCAGCAGUGAGGGCGGUGCCAGCCAGGGGUCAAAGGUGAGCAGGGACUCUGAUGAGGAGUGGACUCACCUGAGCUCCAGAGAGGUGGACCCAUCCACAGGGGAGCUGCAGUCUCUGCAGUCCAGCGACCAGGAGCCCGUGUCCGGAGGCCAGCAGGGCCCCACAGGGCUGAGGGAGGCGGCCCUGUACCCUCACCUGCCUCAAGAGGCGGACCCCGGCCUGGUGGAGUCUCUGUCCCAGAUGCUGUCGAUGGGCUUCACCGAUGAGGGCGGUUGGCUGACCCGCCUCCUCCAGGCAAAGAACUUUGACAUCGGAGCUGCUCUAGACGCCAUCCAGUACGCCAAGCAGCCCCGCCCAAAGCCCUGAUGACAUCAUCACCACCUCACUGCUGACAUCAUAGUAUACUUUAAACAACAUGAAUCUGUUUCCGUUAUUUCAGAGCUCAUGUUCUGUCAGUGGAGCAUCAUUUCUUAUUGAUCACUGGUAAUCAACGCAAUUACUCAUUAAUUACUGUUAACUUUUACUUAUUGAUUACUGCUAAUCAAUACUUACUGUCAAUAAAACUGAGUUCAAACUGAA